CUCAUUUAUUUCAUUUUCAGAACUUUUUCUCUUUAUUGGAAAAUACCUGUAGGAGUGUAGUGACGUCACCGUGUGCAGAUGCCUGCUGACCUCCUUCAGCUCACACAGGGUUAAAGUGAGCUCAGACAGAGGCAGGUGUCUCCUCAGAGAGGGAGAGGAAAAAAAACACCUCCUCCUCCUCCUCCUCCUCCUCCUCCUCCAGCGCGAGGAGCAGCUCCAGCUGUGAUGGAGCUGCUCCUCUUUGCGCGCUCGCCGAUAAAUACCGCGUGACCGCUGCGCCACCAGCAGGACUCCAUCAUCUCUCUCCGCGGCAGCACACACACACACACACACCCCUUUGACUUCUAAUUCCUCUUCUUCUUCGUCGGGUGUUCUGGUGUGGACUCCGGACAUGUUCUGGACCUUCUGGAUCUGGUUCCUCAGCUGCGCCUCGGUAAGGACGCAGCUGCUGGUCUGUGCCGUGACCCGGGGCUCCAACUCACACGCCGGCAUGUGUCCGAAUGACAUGAAUCCCAACCUGUGGGUGGAUGCCAUGAGCACGUGCACGCGGGAGUGUGAAAGUGACCAGGAGUGCGAGACCUUUGAAAAGUGCUGUCUGAACGUGUGUGGGACUCGCAGCUGUGUCGCCGCCCGUUACCUGGAAGGUAACAAAGGCCCCGUGGAAAUGCCCAAAGAAGCCACCUGUGCCACUUUCAUGUGCAACCAGCAGGGGUCAGAGUGCGACAUCUGGGACGGCCAGCCUGUCUGUAAGUGCCGGGACAGAUGUGAGCGUGAACCUCACUUCACCUGCGCCUCCGACGGCAUGACCUACUACAACAAGUGCUACAUGGACGCGGAGGCGUGCUCCAAGGGCAUCACGCUGACCGUGACCGCCUGCAAGGUCCAGCUCACCUGGCCCAACACCAGCCCCUCGUUGCCUCAGGCCACCACUCUCCAUCCAACCACGACACCCACCACAGAAACGCCUCAGGCGCCCGUUCUGAUCAGCAGUCCUGUUCACCAGAUCGUAAACGUGGGCGACACGGCCAGUUUCCUGUGUGACGUGAUCAGCAGCCCGCGGCCUGAGAUCACAUGGGAAAGGAAGCUGCCGGUGGGCGCGGAGAGGGUCGUCAUGAGGCCCAAUCAUGUGCUCGCAAACCUGGUGGUCACCAACAUCGGUCAGCUGGUCAUAUACAACGCCCAGCCUGGUGAUUCGGGGGUCUUCACCUGCGUGGCCCAGAACUCCCUGGGCUCAGUGAAGGCGGACCACCCUCUCACUGUCCUGCCCACAGAGCCACCUAAGGCCCCGGAGCCAAAGAACGUGACCCGCUGCCUGGCAGCGGAGUGUGGCAAACCCCCCGACCAGUCAGAGGACUGUGGGGGGGAGCUGGAGAGCGUCAGCUGGUACUUUGAAACCAUGACCAACAACUGCGUCUCCUUCAGCCACUGCAGCAACAACCAGAGCAGCAGCCAGCUCCACCUGAAGACCUUCGAGACCUUUGAGGAGUGCAUGCAGUGUUGUGGACCCGAACUCUCAGGACCCUGCGGGCUCCCCAGCCUGCAGGGACCCUGUAAAGCCUACGAGCCUCGCUGGGCGUACAGCAGCUCCAUCCGCCAGUGUCAGUCCUUCAUCUACGGAGGGUGCGAGGGCAACGACAACAACUUUGCGUCCAAGGAGGCCUGUGAGGAGACGUGCCCCUACCCCAAAACCCACCACUGCAAGUCCUGCAAACCCAAGAGCAAAAUGGUGACCAGCUUCUGCCGCAGUGACUUUGUGGUCCUGGGUCAGAUGUCAGACCUGACAGAGGAAAAGGACUCGGGCCACGCCCUCGUCACCGUGGAGGAGAUCCUGAAGGACGAGGAAAUGGGGCUGCGUUUCUUGGGCAAGGAGCCUCUGCAGGUCACCUUCAUAAACAUGGACUGGAAGUGUCCGUGUCCCAACAUCACGGGUGCCGCUGCAGAGGGUCAGGUCAUCAUCAUGGGUAAUGUCAACGAUGGCAUGGCUGUCCUUCACCCGGAGAGCUACGUGGGCGCCGCCAGUCCUCGCCGCGUACGGAAGCUGAAGGAGGUCAUCUCCAAAAACACGUGUGACAUUCUCAGAGCCAUCACAAACAGUCCCCAGUAGGCGGAGCCUCUCACCUGCACGUGACUUUUGAAAGACAUGGCCGCUGUUGCAGCCGUUGACCUCUGACCUUUGACUACAGGAGUGUUUCCUGUUUUGAUGUAAAGGGUUUUGUGAAGUCAGUUCUGAUAGAUGCCCUUGAGUUUGAGAGACCAGGUCUGGAAACAUGGCUGCCAGUGAGGACACAGUCAAUGUAAAAAUAUCUACACUCUAUAGAUCGUAGCACAUCAUAGAACUGUUUUUUUCAUGAGGAAAGUUCCUCCUCUUAAGGUGGGCUGGUUCCUCCAGGGGUCUCCACCCUGGAUCAUCUGCCUCCAUCUCAGCCCAAUCAUUGACCCAGUCCUGUUUCUACAAUUGAAACAGAUCCAGACCAUCUCAGGUCCACCCCGGACCUUUAUGAUAAUCUGACCUUUAUCUUCGUCAUCAUCAUCAUCCUCAUCAUCUGUAAAGAUCUCUAAACUUUCGCCCUCUGCAGAAACACUCCCACAUGGAAACUCUCCUGCGUCAAAGUCCAAUCACAGAGUGUGCUCCAUGAGGGUUAGUUCUAAUGGAGCACCGUUAGAAACUGUUCUCAUUACUGCCAUCUACAGUAUGUGCCCGUAAAAUAAAUCAGAACAAAAAAGUAACGAUUAGGAGAAAAUAUUGAUAAACUUUGCUCUUAUUUCUUGUCCAGUGAUUCCAAAUGUAGAUCCCUCUGUUCCAGUGUUAGUGACCUGAUGUUCAGAUGGAACAGCACUGUGUCCACUAUGUUAACAGUUUUACUGCAACACAUUUAACAUUGGUUAAAAAAACCCUCAAUAUAUCAUUGUGUAUAUCGUAUUGUUGCCCCUGCGUCGAGAUACGUAUCGUAUCGCCUGUUUCUUGGCAAUACGCACCGCUAGUAACGUCAUUAACGAAGGCGACAGGUGACCCCAGCAGGGGGACAUUGAUGUCCAGGUCUCCCGUCAUGGAUUGGGGAUCUUGAGGAGACCUGUGUGGUCUGGUCUCCUCUGGUACUGUUGAUGUGGUCAUCACUGCUGCUGAUUGAAAUUCCAUGUCUGUGAGCACAGGAGACAUCCAUCAUGAUCCUCUUGUUAUCACCAUUCCCAGCAGACACCCCCCUUCAGCCCCCCCUCCCCACACAGGCAUAAGAGAUGGAGGUUGCAGACUCUCUGGUUGUUGUUCUUCCUUUAAUUUGUUUCGUUUUCUCAGCAGCUUCUGUGAGAAAGUUCAAAGUUUGUAAUGUAUUUUAUAUUCGCCGCUCUUCAUUUAUUGUUUUUUCUAUUUUGUUUUAAAAAAAAAGCUAUUUAUUAUCACGGAGGCUUUUGUAUUUUGUACACCUCAUUGCUUUUUGACAGUUGUUAAAUAAAGAUUUAUGAUUUUUAUUUCAGGCUGAAGUUCUUCUUUAAAACAGUGUCAAGUCUACACUGUAGUAAAGACACAUGCUGACCUUUGACCUCAACACUAA